AUGGACACGCAGAGGCCUUUCCUCGAGCCGACCAUGUUUAAUUUCGUCAGCGACAUAAACUGCGAAGUGGCUCCGCGUUCAGUCUUUGGAGGUUCGGAAGGCCUGGACGCAUCACUCACUUACCACAUGGACUAUCACGGAGCACGUGAAGACCUCACCUCCGCCAUUAACGGGUUUGACUGCGCAGGUGAAGGUGGCGUCCGGAAGACGCCUAAGAGGAAGCGCGUGAUCACGAGCGUGCAGCGGCGAGCCGCCAACAUCCGCGAGCGCAGGAGGAUGUUUAGCCUUAACGAGGCUUUCGAUGAACUCCGGAGGAAAGUGCCGACCUUCGCCUACGAGAAAAGGCUGUCGAGGAUCGAAACGCUGCGCCUCGCCAUCGUCUACAUCUCCUUCAUGACGGAAUUAUUGGAAAAAUAG